GUCAUAUCCUUUUAUCCACUCCUCUUAUCGGAAAUUCAAUUCCCCCUUACCUCUGUAGAACCCGAACCCUCUAUUAAGCAAAGCCGCUUUCCUUUCACCAUUACCAUUCUUCUCGUGUUCUUCUUCCUCUCCGGCGUAUAUAAUCCACCUGGGCUAAGAAAAGAAGACUCUCCCGCCGUCUUUGGCUUCCCCUGAGGGGAUUCCAGCUGGGUCAUGAGCUCGCGCGGCGGCCAAGGUUUCUCUCCAUCUCAUUCUCAUGCUGCAAUUUGUGUCCUAAUUUUGUUCUCGGAGCUUGCUUCGGGGGUUAGGGUUUCGCCUGCUGGGUUGUGGUUCGGGGAACUAAUUCUGGUGGUAGAUAGAAGAGAAAAGUGGGUGUCUUUUCAUUUGGGCAGUUUGUUUUUUGUAUAGAGAUUCUGGUAAUGCGUUUGACUUUCGCUUAUGCUUUGGUGUGGAUAAGGUUGACCGAGUGUUCGCCCCUCUCUGAUUGGCAAAAGUGAACAGUAGCCUGGGAGCUGUCUAUUGUUGUUAUCUUAUUGGUUUAUGAGAGACCCGUAGAUUGAAGAGCGGUUCUUUGACAAGGAUUUUACUACUUGUUCUCUUCUUUCAUGCUGAAGUUGCUUUGCUUCUGUCUGUUAUCUUUGAUUGCUUAUCUAGCAGUUUUCUUUGUUUCCUUAGGCUCCAUUGGAUAGAUGUGUUGGUGCUUAAAACCGGAGCAGAAUGGCUUUGGCGACGCAUCAAAUGCGGGGUUCAUAUGUAGCAUUUCCCUCAAGGCCUUCAUCAUGGAGCAGAGGUGUCAAAUUAAAACAACAUGUCAUGUCACUUCACAUGGUUGGGAGAUUAGAUAGGCGUUUCUCAGCAAAGUGUUAUCUUCAUUCAAGUCGGUCUUGUAAAAUUUUAGAACAUAAUGCUGAGCAGAAUAGUUUUCACAGUGUAGGGAUUGGUAUUCAUGGGCUAAAAACAAAACUUCUGCGAGUUUCGUCCUUUCAAGGUAGUGCAAAGAACGAUGAUGCAGGGGGCAGAUCAAGCUGGUCCAAGGGUUCAAAAAAUGAUAGUGGAGAGAGCCUCAGAGAGCUUCCGAAGGCUCAAAGUGUUCCAGUUUCAUAUACGCCUGAACCAAAUGAAGGAGUUGGAGGAUCUCCUGCUAUUAAUAAUUUAUUCAAGAAAUGGUUAAGCCUGCUGCGGUCACAUUCGUCUAGUCAGGUGGCUGAUGGUAUCUUAGAGGGACCAGGUCCAAGGGAAGAAGUAGCUCAAACUCAAAGUAUUACUCAGGAGACGCAGAGACGUAGUUUUCUAUCCCGGGGUUUCCAUCACUUUUGGCAGCUGGAUGCAACAAUAAAAAUACCGAUACUGCUAUUUAUUCCGUUGUAUCUUGGCAUUACUGCUAUAUAUGGAGUUGAAGUAUCAAAGGAAUUGACUCCUUUGUGGGUUUUGGGUCCUCUCGUCGCUGCUCUCUAUGUCAAGCUGCUACAGGGUCUCUGGGCACUUUACGUCUUCACCUUUCGACAGACCGUCAACAUAGUGAAGAAUUUACCUACUUACUAUCAAGUGGCAUGGAGCUACAUUGCAGGUGGGAAGCUGAAAGAAGAAAUCGGUGCUCGUUUCAUACAACCAAUUGUGACAAUAAAGAACUCGGACCAUAAAGAAAUGGUGAGGCAAAGGAUGAUGGUAUUCAAGGAGUGGCUGACUGAGAAGUACCUUGACUUUGUGGAAUCUAUAUGGCCCUACUACUGCAGAACAAUUAGGUUUCUGAAGAGGGCAAAUCUCAUAUGAUGUUGGGUAGUUUCAGUGUUGUAGAAGGAUGAAGUUCGCGAAGUUGGAUUUCCGGCAGAACAUGAUGAGGUUCAAUGAGAGAGAUCUUUGGAAUACAGGGAGGGCUGGCGAAGAGUGAGCUUUAGAUUGGUGAUUCAUCCAUUAUAUGCCUUGGUUAAUCCCUUGUGUUGUAGCAUGUUCUUUUGAGGGUUCCAUGAGGGCAUGGAACAAUUGGUUUCGACACCAUUUUGGCUUAUGAUUGAAUAGCCAUUAUUAUUCUUUUUCCCCCCACCUUGUUUCUAUUAAGUGGUGACUUGCUAUCAGCAGAGAAUUUGUCUGUGCGAUAUCUGCUCUAUUAUCAGCUGUAUGUUGUACUUUCAUAGGCCAAGUUGCCCCAUCUGCAAAAAGAAUAUUUUGGCAUUCCUUCAAAUGCUAUUGAAAGACGAGCGAUGAUAUUAUUUACUUUCAUUUAGGUUACUAUUAACUUUCCAUGUUUAUUGUGGUGAGAGUUAGUUUUUGGCUCGCUUUUGCUUUUUUUGUCUUCAAAUGUCUCGAAACUUGGUU